AUAUAGAACGCACAGGAAAAAAAUUAUUGGUGUUGUUUUGCUGGGGUGUUGCGUUGAGCGCGAGUUCAGUGAAAAAAAUAAAAUUGGCUAGCGUUUACUGACAGUUUCAGCCAAGAGAUACAAAUGAUUUGUAAGUUUGCGACUGUUAGAAGCCAAUGCAACUGCCGUUGCAGUCCAGUAGGCCCAAUGGCCCCGGUACGGGCAGGUAGGAGUGUACGCCGUGAAUGGAUGUCGCUCAUUGUUUUCUUGAUGCUAGCUGUGGGAGGAAAAGCUCAAAAUGACCAAGACCCGGUGAUCCCCGGAGCCUCCGACCUAGAUCCAGUUGCCACCACCACCGACCUGUCGGUCCAGGCCGUGUCGUGCUCGGAGAUCCACAACCAGGCCUUCGGGUACCAAGCGACCAAGCCGGGUGUGUGCUACCUGGCGGCCGAGGAGAAAGGCGUGUUCCUCGAUGCCAGGGCCUACUGUCAAGGGCUGAACGACAGCCUGGGCUGGGAUGUGGCCGACAUCGAGGACGAGGUGGAGAAUAAACUCAUCCAAGACUCCCUGGGUACUUUGAUGGCAAACGGCCAGCUCUCCUCUUCGGCCGACACAUUCUGGAUUGGUCAAAACGACUUGAAGACCGAGAACACGUGGAGGUAUUUAAACGAGAGCUCCAACCGUUGCAACCGGAGCGUGUAUCUAAACUGGAAAAGCAAUCAACCCAACGGCGGCCUGAGACAGAACUGCAUGGCCUACUUCUACUCUGACGGCGGAAACUUCCAGGACCGCAGCUGCGAUGACCCCACUUACUACUAUUUGUGCAAAGUCAAAAUCACCUCCGACACCGUACCUUCCUGUCCCGACUUCGUUGAGGAGACGUCUACUGAAGCACCCGACGAUUGCCUGGGUAUUUGGCCUGUUGCCUUCAGCAACCCCUCGGUUCCCGGGGUAUGCUACGCCCACGAGAGUUAUCAGAAGUUCAACUUUGAGGGAGCCUUAAGCUUCUGCAGUAAUCUCCCCGGUGGUUCUUGGUCAGUGGUGGACAUCGAGGAUGCCGAAGAGAAUCUCUUUCUGGAAGCCUGGAACAGAGACAAUUUCCCCAAAAACAAUGGCUACUGGAUCGGACAGAACGACCGGGAGCAGGAGGACGAUUGGCGGUACAUCUCCAGCGGGCAGUGCCCGGUGUACCUCAACUGGGAAAACGGCCAGCCCAACGGCGACAGGCUGCAGAACUGUAUGGUCAUGUUCAAAAGACCCAGAGGAGAGUUCGAGGACAAGGACUGCAGCGAAACUUACUAUUCGUUGUGCAAACUGAAGAAAGAACUUGGACCGACCCAAAGCUCGACGCGUAACUGCGACGGUGCCACCCUGCCGCCUGAAGUUGCAGAAUGUGAGACGUUGCACCCCGACGCCUUCGGCAGCGCGGGCAACCCAGGAGCGUGCUAUCUCAUGACAGGCCAGCAAAAGACGUGGGAAGAGGCCGUGGCCUACUGCCAGGACAAAGGCUGGGAACUGAUGGACAUUGAAAACGCCAACGAGAACGACAUACUAGCCGCCAGAUUCAGAGACUUCAGACCUUUGAACUUCAACUACUGGGUAGGGCAGAACGACCGAGACGUGGAGGGAGUCUGGAAGUACGCCUCCAACGACACGCCGUCAGAUGCAGGCGUGUACCUGAACUGGGGGUCGGGACAGCCCAACGAUAAUGGAGAGCAGGACUGCAUCAUGAUGGGCAAAUCGGGUACCUGGGAGGACAAAGAGUGUUCCGAUUACUAUUACGUCACCUGCAAGAAGCGUGUCGAGCAAACACCGACUACUGCCGCUCCUUGGACCGAUCCUUGCCAGAGGUAUAACGAAAACGCUUUUGGAGACGAGGGUAAACCCGGUGUGUGCUACGCCCUGACCAACCAGAGGGUGACGUGGGAAGAGGCGCAGAAAGUUUGCCAGGAGUACGGAGCCGGAUGGAAUAUCCCUGAUAUCGAGGAUGACGCUGAUCUUCUGGCGUUGGUGACGGUUAACAGUCGCUUGUUCGGAUCGAACGAUGGCUACUGGAUCGGUCAGAACGAUCAAGUAUCAGAAGGCACGUGGGCGUACCUGGACCCCGAACUAACGGGUCCAGUCUACGAAAGAUGGGACUCAUCGGGUACCAACCAACCAGACGGCGGUCUGAGUGAGAACUGCGCCGUCUUCCAACAGAGCCGAAGCGGGAAGUUCAAAGAUGUCGUCUGCGAAUCCCAGUACUUUGUCUCCUGCAAGAAUCGAAAUGCUUAUACUCUGGGCACGAGUGAGGUUAAUGCAGUUACCACGCCCAAACCGAAGACUGACGCAAGUACGAAUCGGUAUCAAACAACAGAGGGCGCUACCACCCCAUCACGAAUAGGAACCACGCCGACUCCCCCAACGACAGCUGCGAGAUCACAACCGACUAUUGAGGGCGUUACACAAGAACCGUCCUCAGUUUCUGGUCCGGUCACUGGAUUUGGACGGUUUGCCUUCAGGUCCUCGGACGCAACAUGCAGCAAUGUGACUACCCUCUACACCUCCGCCGCCGAGGACAGAAUCCACUGUGCGCGGAAGUGUUUGGUCCAGGGUAACUGUCGAAGCUUCUCCUUUGCGGCCUCUGGGAAGGAGGACGCGUGCGAACUCUGCAGCGAAGUCUUGGACGCUGAAAGCUUACGCUUCAAAACAGGAAGUGUGUAUUAUUUCGAAGUGCAAUAGACCAACGUUCAUGUUCCCGUAAACAUGGAAUCUUGAAGGACACAUGUAGCAAUCAUUUUUACUGAAGUGAAGCUUCAAUAAAUUUUUCGUAGGCACUACUUUUCUUCAUUCUUCUUCAAUGUAUGAAAACUCUUUCACUUUCCUAUUUUGUUAAAUGCACUGGAAAUGCAUACUUUAAACGAUUCAAGUCAGCCAUACUUUCCCAGACAACUGAGGGCGCUGUUGCUGUGAUGUCAUCAGGAGAAGACAUGGCUUGUGUAUAGGAACUAGGCGUUUCUGUUCAAAUCGUGAACCCAGAAUUUACUCACUGAAAAUGUUUCUGAGAAAGGGAUUGUUGGUUUCCUAUUGCAAUGCACAUGAACAACAAUGAAUCAACAAAGAAGAGAAACUGAGUCCAGGAAAAAUCUACAAAAAUGCGGACCUUUUUUGUGUGCAAACUGAUGUAACACUGAGGCUUCUUCCUAAGGUGGCGU